AUAGCACCAAUGUUAGCGAACAUUUACUUUUUGCCGAACAAGUUAUCAUACCAAAUACGGCUUGCGCUGCCUACUACGGGAACGAUUUGGAAUUGGUCACCGACAAAGUGAUUUGCAGUUUGAGUGUCAACGUUCGUCAAGGUCCAUGUAUGAAUGAUGCCGGAGGCCCAUUGGUAGUCAAUGAAUUUGGUACCCACACUCUAGUUGGCCUGUUAAGUUUUGUUCACGAAAAAGGUAGUUGCGGACGCCAGGCCACUCCAGCUGCUUUCACGCGCGUAACCAAACAUUUCCAAUGGAUUGAAAAUGUGUCAGGGUAUCAGUUCAGACCUUAGAUUCAGACGCCACAAUAUUUGAUAUUAGCUAUCAUAUGCUUUUCGAAGAAUUCGCGGGUAUUUUUCACAUUCAAACAAUUAUUUAAUAAACUUGUUUCAUUCACAUCAAAUGGUCAAAUCACAUAAACGGCUUGGAAUUCAAUCGAUAAAAUAAUCACAGCAAUUCCAAUUCCUGCAAAUGAGAAUAAAUGUUUUUUUUGCUAAUCUUUGCUUACUCCGAAAGCAAAUACAAGUCAUUUAUCAUCUUUAUCAAUACUGUAUUACUUCGUGACGAAUACUUUUAUCAGUUGUAAGAUAAUGAACGUCUUGGUAUGUUAUAAAACCCAAUGCUUGACUGUAGGUGGAUUUUAGUCAUCUAAUAAAUUGGCAAUGGCAUUUCAAAUCAAUUUUCAAAUGGAAAAA